AUGCCGGACGACGAGGGGGCGCCGGCGCGGCGGUCGGACGAGCCGCCGCUGCUCGUGGGCGAGACGCUGCAGGGUCUGGCGCGCGACGUCACGUACCUGUGUCCGUACACGGGGCCGACGCGCGGCACGCUCGCCGUCACCAACUACAAGCUGUACUUCCGCAGCGUCGACCGCGAGCCGCCAUUCGUGCUCGACACACCGCUGGGCGUCGUCAGCCGCAUCGAGAAGGUCGGCGGCUCGACGAGCCGCGGCGAGAACUCGUACGGCAUCGAGAUCUUCUGCAAGGACGUGCGCAACCUGCGCUUCGCGCACAAGCAGGAGAACCACUCGCGGCGCACCGUCUUCGAGAAGCUGCACGUCUACUCGUUCCCGCUCUCGCACCGGCUGCCGUUCUUCGCGUUCGCGAACGAGGAGGACGGCGGCGGCGAGAGCGGCUGGGACGUGUACGACCCCGUCGCCGAGUACCGCCGCCAGGGGCUGCCGAACGAGAGCUGGCGGCUGUCACGCAUCAACGAGCGCUACGAGGUCGCAGACACGUACCCGAGCGUGCUGUGCGUGCCGGCGGCGGCGAGCGACGACGACCUCCGCCAGGUGGCGCACUUCCGGAGCCGCGGCCGCGUGCCCGUCGUCUCGUGGAUCCACCCGGAGAGCCAUGCGACGAUCACGCGCUGUGCGCAGCCGCUCGUCGGCGUCGGCUUCCGGCGCAGCAAGGACGACGAGCGCUACGUGCAGAUGAUCCUCGACGCGAACGCGCAGUCGCACAAGCUCUACAUCAUGGACGCGCGGCCGAACGUGAACGCGGUCGCGAACAAGGCGAAGGGCGGCGGCUACGAGAGCGAGGACGCGUACCAGAACGCCGAACUCGUCUUCCUCGACAUCCACAACAUCCACGUGAUGCGCGAGAGCCUGCGCAAGCUCAAGGAGGUCUGCUUCCCGAGCAUCGACGACGGCCGCUGGCUGUCGAACGUCGAGGCGACGCACUGGCUCGAGCACAUCCGCUGCAUCAUCGCCGGCGCGCUCAAGAUCGCCGACAAGGUGGAGAGCAACAAGACGUCGGUCGUCGUGCACUGCAGCGACGGCUGGGACCGCACGGCGCAGCUGACCGCGCUCGCGAUGAUCAUGCUCGAUCCGUACUACCGCACGAUGCGCGGCUUCGAGGUGCUCGUCGAGAAGGAGUGGCUCAGCUUUGGGCACAAGUUCGCGCAGCGCGUUGGCCACGGCGACGACCGCCACUCCGACCCCGAUCGCUCGCCCGUCUUCCUGCAGUUCGUCGACUGCGUGUGGCAGAUCGCGCGGCAGUUCCCGAACGCGUUCGAGUUUGCCGAGAGCUUUCUCGUCGACGUGCUCGACCACGUGCACAGCUGCCGCUUUGGCACGUUCCUCUACAACAGCGAGCAGCAGCGCGCGAAGGAGGGCGUGCGGGAGAAGACGCACUCGCUGUGGGGCCACCUGAACCGGCGGCGCGACGACUACGUGAACCCGCUCUACGCGACGCACCUGCACCAGCACGUCAUCUACCCGGUGUGCAGCAUGCGGCAGAUCGAGCUGUGGACGGGCUACUACGUGCGCUGGAACCCGCGCAUGCGGCCGCAGGAGCCCGUGCACCUGCGCAGCCGAGAGCUGAUGGCCUUCAAGCAGCAGCUGCAGCGGCGCGUUGAGGAACUGCAACGCGAGCUGCACACGCGCAACACCGUCGGCGUGCAGACGCCGCCGCGCGUCGCCUCACCCGUGCACACGUAGGGGGCGCCCGUGCACACGCGCCGGUGCACAUGUAGGAGGCGCCGGUGCACAUGUAGGGGGCGCCGGUGCACACGUAAGGGGCGCCGGUGCACAUGUAGGAGGCGCCGGUGCACACGUAGGGGGCGCCGGUGCACAUGUAGGGGGCGCCGGUGCACACGUAGGGGGUGGCACGCUUGUCUGAUAGUGCAAUGCGACGACCCCGUGUUGUGGAAAAGGAUUGGGUAUUUCGCCGAAGGGGCGCCAGA